CACCGACAACAUUGAAAUGUCAAGAAAUGAUCGAAACCUGACGUCUCUCUCCACUCUCCAUUCUCCACACAAGUGCCACUAUACAUAUGUAUUGUACACAUUUACAUGAUAGAGAUUUCAGAUCUGAAUCUAUCAGAGAUUGAAGAAGCCAUUUUCUUACUCCAUUUUGAAAGUUUCAUUUGAACUUCGGAAAAACUACUUCACACCCACCCGAAGAACCUUCUAAUUGAUUAGUGUAUUUAAGCAAAAUGCAUUGUGAGUUAUAGGCGUUCACCUUUUCUUGGAAACUAAUCAUAAGUCAAGAUUUUUACCAUAACGGGCCCACUUUUACAUCAAUUCAACUGGGAAUGAUCGAUCUACCUGGGGAAUAAGAACUUGAACACAUUUGAAUUUGAAAUUUCGAGCUUCUGAAGCACUAAUUCAAUCUCGCAUACGAGACAAGAUUUAAGGAAAAUCAUCAUGUUUAAGCAAUCACCACGUCGGAACCAGAGAAACAAAGGAUUUAAAGUGAAGCAUGUUCUCCAAUUAUGUGUGGUUCUCGGAGUCUGCAUCUGGCUGCUUUACCAAGUGCAGCACUCCCGUGACAAGAAGGCAUCAUAUGAAGAAACGACAAGAAUUUCAGAGAAGGUAAAGGAUGGGAAGGAUAUUAUCAAGUUGGGGAGAAAGGAUCUUCAACCUCGGCAUGAAGAAACAGAUAUUGAAGAUGAGAAGCAGAAAGAGGAGCCAGGAGACGAGAGGAUGCACUUUGAUGAUGAAAACAAGCCAGAGGAUCAAGGGCAAGAUCGAGAAAAAAUAGAAGAAGAAGGUGAGGAUAGAGAGGCUUCUGUAAAUGGAGAAAAGAAGAUGGAGUUGGGAACCGAGAAAGAAAAAGAAGAGUUGAAUGGGGAGAAGGAAAAUAAUGAGGCUGAAGAUAGCAAUGGGAAAGACACUGAAGAGAAGGACGAAGAUGGCCAUAGAGCGGAUGGUGAAGGGAAGGACACUGGAGAAGAAGAGAGUGAAAGAAGCAGCGAAGAACAAGUUGGAGAGAGAAGUGAAGAUAAAAAAGGUGAAGAGGAGAACCGAGAACAGGAUAUGAAAGAAGAGAAGGGCAUGAAUAAUGCAAAUGAAGGGGUGAGUAAUGAAGAAAAGGGAAAUCAGGAAAAAGACGAUGCAGAAACUGAUAUUAAAGAAGAGGAUAGUGGAAAGGUAGAGAAUGAAGAGACAAAGGAAGAGACAGGGAGCAAUGAGCAGGGAAAUGAGGAAAUGGAGGAAAAAAGCGAGAGAAAGGAGGAGAAAGCAAGUGAAGAAACACAGAACGGGACUGAAGAGAAGGGAGUUACACAAGACGAGAAGAAUGGAAGUGAAGAUAAAGGGACAGAAGAGAGAAAUGGAGGGGACAAUGGACAAGAUAGUGAAGACAUGGAAGGAAACAACAAAGCAGAUGAGGAAAAAGGUGGUGGAACUGACAAAUUAGGUUCCUCUGAGGGUGAGACUCAUGACAGAACUGAUGGGACUAAUGAGGUGAAAGAGGAGAAUUCAAAGGGAGAAAACACCUCUGUUGACGAGGUUCAGAAUUCUCAAAAAUACGAGAAUGUUACCAAUGCUAAUUUAAGUGGGAAGGAGAAAACCAAAAACACGGAACUAAAUGAGUUAGAGGAAAAUAAGAAUAAUAAUUCCGAGGCAACCAAUGGAAAUGAGAAUGAAGUGGGCUUAAAUGACCAAGAUAGUGGGAUAACUGAGAAAAGUGUUUCUUCAAAUGUGGGGGCCACUGGAGUCACAAGUGAUGAACACGCAGAUUCAGGGCACAACCCUGAUUCUUCAGGAGGAACAUCUGAAGUUAAGGAACAAGAUCAAGUUAAUGAUAACUCUACCUCUGAUUCCAUUCAAAAAGAAAACAAAACACCGGAGAACAUUGUUCCUCGUGAAGAUGGGACACAAAAUGAGCAAACUGAGAAAAACUAUACUGAGAAUGAGAAAUCAGGUUCUGAUUCAACUCAAACCUCAGCAAUUGAAAAUGUGAGCAUGGCUAAUGGAGAUUCAAAAGGUUCUUCUGACAAAACAGAAUCUGUUGUAUCUGAUGGACAAAAUGGAGAUACGAAGACUGCUGAAGGUAUAGAAAAAAAUUCUGAAACGUCAGGUGGAAGUGAGGGUGAUAACGCAGUCAAACAACAGAAGGCUGGUAGUGAUGGUAUGGAUUCAGGCCAAAAUAGAUCUGAAGAUCCUUCAGAUACUUCAAGCUCAUCAAAGGAGGAGGCAUCUCCUGGCUCAAAUGGAAAUGCUGAUUCUGUUGUGCAUGAUGAAAAUAAUUCCUCCAGUUCUUCACUUCCUCAAGAAGAGAAGGAAGCUCGCACCGACCUAGGAACUCUUCCAGACUCUGAAACCAAAGGUAACAACCAUGAUGCAGUUGCCAAGUGACGUUUAUAAUAUUUUCUUGGUCGAUGAUUUGUAAUCACGAAGGAUUUUGCUUUAUAUUCUUUCCUUUCUUCUACCAAUUGUGAAAGCAAAUGUUAAAAUAUGUGAAGUCUUAUUUCUGUUGACGAAUCAUUACGUGGCUUAAAUGUACAACGCACAUAGUGUCGGUAUUGCAGAUGUACUUUGCCUAGCUAUUCAAUCAUUUUUACGUAUCAGAGCCAUUUCUUUA